CAUAGUUAUUUCGGAUUUCAAACAUUUCGGUUGAGCAUCACUGAAGAGACAUUAUUUGUCGAAAUGCGCAUCUGGUGCAUCAAAAUUGGUACCGUAUAAGUUUUACAUUUAUAAAUAUUUAUCCAUUUCGAAUCACCGAAUAUUCUGAAUUUUUCAGACAGUAAUGCCUGACAAUUUGUAAUUUUCUUACUAAAUGGUACACCGUUAUCGGAUAGAUGACAAGAACUCAAUUUUCACGACACCGGAAAUGACCACGCGAGUACAGUCAGCAGAUGUGGACAGUAUCUUCCACGACCUUGGGCCCUACGGACCUUACCAGGUGUGUCAAUACCUCUACUCGCUACUGAUGAUGAUCCCAGUCACCUACCCCGUCCUUAUAUACGUAUUCAUAGGAUAUCCCCCGAACUUCCAGUGUCAGAAUUUUACCGAGCCGUCCUCGAAUCAUUCCAUCAUAACAAAUACUACGAUAAUCACAGAACCGCAGAGCUGUGACGUCACGUUUAGAUCUACUUCACUAUUGAAUGAAUCUGAGUCUACAGCUGCCCCCUGUCCAUAUGGGUACAUGUACGAGGGCCCACAAACAGUUGUUACUGAGUGGGACCUGGUUUGUGACCGCGAAACUUUGGGACAGAUGUCCACUGCCAUGGUAAUGGUGGGUCAAAUGUUGGGAGCCGUAGCGUUCUCUAUAAUGGUGGACAGAUAUGGUAGACAUGGUGUCACGUGUGUCUGUUUCAUAGCAAUGACUGCCUGUUCUAUAGGCCUUUCCGUCACCACUCAUUUUGUGUUGUUUGUUAUUCUUCGAUUGAUGAUUGGUGCAUUUCAGCAGGGAAUCCAAAUGGCACAAGGUUCUCUCGUCAUUGAAAUGUUUCCAACAGAAUUCAGAGCCACGUGCACUUUGAUAGGUGCACUGAUGUGGUCUUUCAGUGUAGCUACACUCUCCCUGUUUGCGUGGCUCUUUCAGAACCAUUCUUGGAGGUACCUACAGCUAUUAGCGGGUCUUUUAGGGAUACAUUGUCUUGGUACACACUGGAUACAGCACGAAUCGUUACGGUGGUUGGUGGCAAACGGGAAAAUGGACGAAAUAAAAGUAUGGAUACACAGAGCAGCGAGAUGGAAUAAAAAGGAUCCCGAGAAAAUACUCAGCCGCUUUUAUUUACCUGAGAGUGAACAACUAAUUGUGGGAUCGGAACAGACGCCAGAUUGUUCCCACGUUCCUGGUGAAGAGAAAUACAAUAUCUUGGAUAUUGUUCGAAGGAAAAGAAUUUUCUUAAUUUCUCUUGUCAUCUGGUCAGCUUGGUUCACAGUCAGUCUAUCUUACUACGGUCUUUACCUGAUGUCUAGCAGUCUAUCGGGAAACAUAUAUCUGAAUUUCUUCCUCAUUGCCCUAGCAGAGUCUCCAAGUCAAUUCAUCGCCUGGUAUCUUUUCAGAAGGAUAGGACGGAGAUAUACAACCAUUAGCUUCCUCACCGUCUCUGGAUUGUCGCUUAUUGCCUCCGCCCUGAGUUUGAAAUAUGCUGCCAAUGCAGACACACUGUCGCUGAUUUUUAGCCUCUUCGGAAUGUUUAGUGUUGCCGGUGCAUUCUCGUGCCUGGUUCUUUUCACACCAGAGUUAUAUCCAACCAAUCUAAGAAGUACAGGGCUCGGUCUUGCAUCAACAGCCGCCAGGAUUGGAUCUGUUUUGUCACCAUUUGCAUCUUCCUUAGCAAUCUAUGUGCCAUGGGGACCAGGAGUUACGUUUGGAGCGCUGUGCUUGUCGAUCACAUUUUUAUUCCUAUGUCUGCCAGAAACAAAAGACAUAGAACUACCUACCACUGUGGAGGAUCUAGACAAGUCGUCCAAGAAUUAAAGAUAUCACCUACAAAAUAACCUAUACAUUCAUAUCUAUUAAAUUCACCUCGUUUCUGUACCCUCUGUAGUAAGUUAGUUCUUUGAUUUAAGCCCUCACCUACUAGUAUCAGUAUUUUGAUAAGACAUGGUUCAUUACUUUUGAAAUCUCUAAUAAUUCAGUGUUAUUAAUUAUUCUAUUUACUAUCAGUUAUUUGAUAAGAUAUAAAUAUCAAUUUUGAAAUCUUUAGUAAAUAUAAUCCGGUACUAUUAAUUAAUUUGGUGGGAUAUGAAUAAUCAAUUUUGAAAUGUCUAGUAAUUCAGUGCUAUUAAUUGAUUUAUUUACUAUAUCAGUAUUUUGAUUAGAUGUGAAUACUAGUAUUCAAUUUUGAAAUAUCUUGUAAAUCAGUGCUAUUAAUUGAUCUAAUAGUAUUUUAAUUAGAUGUGAAUACUAGUAGUCAAGUUUGAAAUCUCUAGUAAACCAUUGCUGUUGA